AUGGUGUUAAAACGCAAGAGAGAGACCACCGUGGUUUCCAAGCCUAAGGCUAAAGAAGAGACACCUCCCUCCGUGGACAAUGCGCAGGACGUAUUCCGCAAACUAUUCGAAGCGCAAUUCGAGCCUCUCGAUUUGCCAGCUCCUACCGCCAAGGCUGCCAAAACCUCAAAUUCCAAUGAUGACGAGGAUGAAGAAGAUGAUGACUCCGACAUUUCCGGGUCGGAGGGCGAUUGGGAUGGGAUGUCCGAUAUAAGUGAAGAAAGCAACCAAGUCGAGGUGGUUGAGCAUAAAGAUGCACGCGCUGCGCCGGAAGACAGGAUGGACAAGAAGACCUGGAAAGCGUUCAUGAGUGGAAAAGUUUUGUCCUCUGUGGAUAAGCCCAACGCCAAUCCCGAACCUACAUCCAAGAAGGAAGAAGAGGAAGACACCCAUGAUGUGAUGAACCUGAGGCACGAUCUUGCAUUGCAGCGACUCCUCACAGAGUCCCACCUACUCGACUCUGCCGAUGACCUUGCCCCCACUGGAAAAAACCGCCUCAAGGCUUUGGAUCUGCGCAUGCAAUCACUCGGUGCUAAAGAUUCGCUGUAUGCACAAAACAAAAUGCCAACUGCACACCGACGAGGCAUCAAGGCCAAGGCUGCAACAAAAGAAGACAAGCGCCGCCGUGAGGCCAAGGAGAACGGCAUCAUUCUCGAAAAGCCCAACAAAGUAUCCAAAUCGAGCAACAAUGGGCGACGAGAGCGCGGUAUUGGUGGAGCCUCCGUCGGCAAGUUCUCUGGAGGCACUUUGAACCUUAACAAGCAAGACAUUGCAAAUGUUCAGGCUUCCGGGCGCCGUAUGAUGGGUGGAAGGGGAAAAGGCAAGCCCAAAUCCAGGGGCGGCAAGCGCUAA